GCACUUUUUGCUUUGUGCAGCAUCAUCUUGUUAAUAAUUGGGGAGGGCCAAGUACCAUAUACAUCUUUAGUUACACUUCCACUGUGUGCAGGUAUUUAAGGGAGUGGUCUGGUUCUUAUAAAGAGGGUUUCUAAAGGAGCUGCAGCAGACACUCUGAUCUCUGUCUUUACUCCAGCUGCAGCAUCUACUCCAGACUCUUCAACCAGAACUAAACAUGGCCAGCAACUCUGGUUUGAUCAGAAACAAUGAGGAAAUGAGGAUAGUGAUGGUGGGGAAGACUGGGAGUGGGAAAAGUGCGACUGGAAACACCAUUCUGGGACGAGAGUGCUUUGAGUCAGAGUUCAGUGCAGAGUCUGUAACUACCGACUGUUCCAAGGGCAAAGCCGUGGUGGACGGGCAACAGGUGGCUGUUAUCGACACCCCAGGCCUGUUUGACACCAGGUUUGACAAAGAUAAAACAACUAAAGAUAUAAGCCAGUGCAUCUCUUACGCUGCUCCUGGACCCCAUGUGUUCCUGGUGGUCAUCCAGCUGGGCAGAUUCACUCCAGAGGAAAAGCAGACAGUGCAAUGGAUUCAAGACAUCUUUGGACAGGCUGCAGACAGAUACAGCAUGGUCCUCUUCACUCAUGGGGACAAUCUUAAAAAAAAAACUAUUGAAGACUUCUUGAAGGGUUCCCCAGACCUGCAAGAACUCGUGACCAGAUGUAAUGGCCAGUACCAUGUCUUCAAUAAUGAGCUGACGGAUCGCUCUCAGGUCACUGAGCUGCUCCAGAAGAUCAGAAGUUUGACCCAGAAGAACGGAGGAAGCCACUACACAAACCAGAUGUUCCAAGAGGCUGAGAGGGUCCUCGAAGAGGAGAAACAACGCAUCCUGAAAGAGAAAGAAGAGAAAAUACGCAAAGAACAACAGGAAAUAGAGAGAAAACUUCAGGAAAAAUAUGAAGAACAGAUGAAGAAAAUGAAGGAAGAACUUCAGGCUGAGAGGGAGGAGGGAGAGGAGGAGAGGAAGAAGGAGAUUGAAAACCAGAUGAAUAAAAUGAAGGAACAGCAUGACAUACAACUGAGAGAGGAAAUAGAAAAGUUAAAGAACCAACAUGAAGGUGAUGCCAGAAAGGAAGCUGAGGGGUCUCUGUGGGAGAUAGUUGAAGCAUUAAUACCAUUUGUACCUCUAGUAAAAGCAGUUGCAAAAUUCUUCAUCCAAUCAUCCUCUCACCCUGCCAUCAAGUGGCCUCUGGCAUCAUUAGGAUAUAGACCAGGAGAUACUCCAUAAUGGAAGUUAUCAUUUUACUAUACAGGAUAUAUUAACAAUGUUCUUUUUUUCUGCUGUUUUUUGUCAGAUUUACAUGAAUGUAUCGUUACGUUAUUUGAUUUUGUUCCUGUUCCUUACAUGGGUUAUAUUGAUAAUUAAUGUCAUCAAGAAGAAGUUCUCUAUGAGCUAAUGUGCUACACUGAACAAGAAAUGAAGAUGUGAUAUUAAGACAACAUCUUGGUUGGAGUAAUAAUAAUAAAUCAAAUAAU